GCUAAGUACCCGGCAUACGGAGCUCGAAUCGAAGCUCGAGGGAUGGAUGCAACGGCAGGAAGCAAUGCUUCAAGAUCUUGGAGACAAACUUUCGGGGUCGGCUGCCGCUCCAGCCGAGAGGAGCCGGGUGGCCGAGCCAGCUCCGGUCGAAGCCCCUUCUGCGCCGCCUUCGAAGCUUUCGAAGUCUUCCGUCAUGGGAAGGUCGCCCACCCUCAAGAACUUUGCAGAGAAGGUGCUGCGAAACACCGAGACGCCAGCUGAAGCUGUCAGCCCACUUCCGCCGGAGCGUCGCAGUCAGCACAAGGCUGUGAACUUUCUGGCGGUCGCUGCAGCAGUGGACGGGGAGGCCGGUGCUGAGGAGACUCUGCCCCAGGUCACGGACACCGACACGACGCGGUCGAAGGACAGGGAAGCCAUAGCCUCUGUGGACAAAGCCGUCUCGAGCCAGACGGCGAAGUCCAAGAAGAGCCACAAGCGCAUGCGCACCUCUCGGGAGGUGCAGGCUGCCUACCUCGAGCGUAUGAGGCGGGAGAUGGCAAAGACCAGGCGGCGUGGCUCGAAGUUUGACGAUAGCUGGAAGGGCAAGAUGGAGCAUUUCCUGCAGACCCCCUAUUUCGAGAUCAUCAUGAUGAUCUUGAGCGUGACCUGCGCGGUGGUCGUCGGCGUAGAGGUGAACUGGUUCUCCGAGAAUAUCGGUGCAACGAGCGCUCCCACGGAGCUUCUCGUCUUGAACCACGUGCUGUCCAUGUUCUUCGCACUGGAGCUGGGGCUCAAGGUCUGGGUCUAUCGCUGCGAGUUCUUCACCUUCGAUAUCGGCUGGCACGCCCUCGAUUGUCUGAUCGUCAGCACCGGCAUGGCCGAGCUGAUCAUCGACGUGGUGAGCUUGGUGAACGCAGCUGCCUGCAGAGGCCGCGACUGCGAGAACACGGAAGAGAGUAUCGACCUAAGCAUCCUCCGUGCCGUGCGCAUUGGCCGUGCCGUGCGCCUGGCACGACUGGCUCGACUG